AUGUCCUCAAACGGAGACAACGCUACGCCGUCGGCACGUGUCUCUAUGGACACUACGGUCAAUAUCAACGAGGAUGUGGCGAGCGAGUAUUCCCAUGAGCUGGCCCGGAAACCGGUCACCGAAUCAGUGUACUCCAACCUUCGUGGUUCUGCUGGCGAAGAUAGCAUAAUACUGGCAUUUAACAUAUUGAAGAUGGGCUAUGGCGAGGAAGAGGGUAGCCAGGAUACGUUUCUGCCUUUGGGGCCUAAUUCGAUCUUUGAACUUACCCUGGCGUCCGACGUUGCUCGGAUCCGACAAAAUAAGCCGCUCAAGACAUAUAUUUCAGUCAAUGGUGGCACCAAUACGGUUUACAAUUUGACCAAACCUACUUCCAAGGAUAUUCCACAGAUCCAGCUUCAAUCGCUCAAAUAUAAGGUCUCUUCAAAAAGGUUGAACCAAGAGCUUGUCAAGGACAUGGCUGCAGAAUACAAGAACUUCGAGAAAACGAAUAGAAACUUGACUGAGGAUGUUUUAACUAAGCUUUCGGCCUCUUCGCCUGUUCAAUCCCUAGAUCGCCUCGAACAUGCCGAAGAUGAUGACCAGCUUGAAAUCCCUACGGUGUUUGAAAAUCCAGACUUCCAUCUUGAUGACCCAAGAACUUUCCGCCAAGUCAUGGAAGAUUCCCAAAUCCUUCCCGAUCCCGAAUCCCAUGAUAGUACGCAUAUAGUACACAACACAGAGGUACAAGACAAGCUUUCACAGUACCUAGAUAGAGUUGAAGUUGAGCUUAUCCAAGAGAUCUCACGAACAUCUGAUUCAUUCUUUAGCACGUUGGGGGAAAUUCAGGGGAUCAAGGCCCAAUCUGGAACCUGUAUUGAACAGUUUCAUUCAAUCCAAACCAAGCUCGGCACAAUCGAGGAAGAACAAGCCAAGAGAGGCUUAAAGAUCCUAGACUUGCUCGACGAGCGUCAAAACGUAUGUCAUCUUGAAUCAUCAGUCCUUCAACUAAAGGAAGUCGUCAACUUUUUCCAUAAAGCCGAAGACCUCUUCACGAAGGGAGAACAUAGUGACUGCCUUAACAGCAUUUUAAUCAUCGAGCAUUUGAUAAAUGGCACAACUCGCGAAGAUUACCCAGACCCUGAUACGUUCAAGUUUUAUCCACGCUUUGAAUAUUCUUUAGUCGACCUUACCGGAGUGCCAGCCCUUUUCCCCAUCAAAAACAAAUUGCAUCAGUUAAAACAGGCUUGCAGUAAGGGCUAUAUUGACUCGUUCGUGAGCCUAUUGCUUGAAGAUCUUAGGUCACACUAUGAACUGGUACCUGUCAAGGAUACUAUGAAUCGUAUUUAUGUGGCGACUGACCCUCGCAGGACUUUUGGUUCCGCUCUGAAUACUUCAUACGCAAAUGUCCCGCCAAGUGUUAAGGAACAACUCACUCUUUUCAUAAGGAACUUGCACAAGUCAAGCCACUUAGUUGAGGCAUUUGGAGUUUAUCAAAAUAAGAUAAUUACCGAGGUGAAGGCUAUCAUCAGCUCCAACUUACCGCUGGCUAGCAGACUGGAUUCUUUGCAAAUGGAAUCACUGUCAAACCCAUCAUCUAGAGAUUCAUCUAUGCCUCCGGAGGCAAGCCGUGGAUCCGAGUCAAGCGCAAUGGCAAGCAAUUCGUUGUCAGACAACAUCAAGGGCUUCUCACACGACGAGUACAUUGCGAUGAUGAAGAAGAUUUAUGCAAACUUAUCAGAAUGUUUGAGAAGACUCACAAUUCAUCAAAAGCUAUUACUCGAUUUGUCACUUAGUUCGUUAUCAGCAAACGACGCUAUUGAUGUCAUGUCAUUAGACAUAACAAAUGCCAUUAAUAGGGCGAUAGAAUUGACCCAAAUUCGUUUGGUAAAGAUAUCCAACGUCAGACUGGAACAGAUUUGCGACUCUUCUGUUGCCCAGUAUUUGAAGCUCUUCUCGAUUUCGUCUGCAUAUCUACUGGAAUGCGAGUUUAUUAAUCCAGGCUACAAUGCGACGGGCCCUGGCAGUUCAUUCAAUGAUUGGGUGAAGAAUCAUAUUGGUUACUAUGUCAACCGCUUUCAUCACAACUCCAUCAAGCGUAUUGGAAGUGCGUGCGACAAGGAAACUUGGAGAGAAUGUACCGAUUUAUCCAUUGUUGGCGCCGGUCAGGACAAGCUAGACGAAUUGCUUGGCUGUUGCAAAUACCACGAAACUGAUGGAAAAGAAGGCACAAGCGGAAAGCUUGGAUCGAAUCUUUUGGUAUUCUACGAACAAGAAGAAAAAGAUGAAUCAGCGACAACCAAAGAGCAACCGCGCAAGGCCAAGCUUCAAAUUGGCGAGAAAGAGUACAUGCUCCCUCGACUUAUGCUUGACGCGGUGUCGAACAUACGAGACUACAUUAUACUUUCAUCCGUCUUUGUAUCUCGUGCUCAAACAAUAAAGUUUAACAUUUUGAACUUCUUCAACCUCAUGAACUCAAGGAUAUCUCAGGCUGUUUUAAACCAAGGCGCUACAAGAACAGCAGGUCUUAAGCAUAUGUCUACUAGACAUCUUGCCCUUUGUAUUCCUACGAUACAGUUUGCCCAUGAUUUCCUCAAUUCCAUCCAGCAUAUCUUCAAGAGCAAGAAAGAUGAUUUUGACCAAGCUCAACAAAGUGGCGAGGAACUUACAUUUUCCAGAAUCGCGUCAUAUUAUAAGGAUCACGAAGGCGAGCUCUGCAACAAGAUCGUGUCAUUGAUGAAGGAGCGUACAGUGACCCACUGUAAAUCAGUUGUUCAGAUUGACUGGUCGGAACCACUCACCUCUGGUCAGCAAUGCCAUCCAUAUAUGGAAUCCAUUGCGAAGGAAAUUAACACCGUCCACAAAGUCCUUUUAAAGUAUACAGACGAAGGUACUUACUCAAACAUUUUGCUGCAAAUUUUCGACAAUUAUAAGAGAUUAUUAUUGAACUGCUUUUGCACAGAGCUUCCUCAAUUCAAAGAUCUCAACGAAAAACAUUCUUUGCUUAAGGACGUCGAUUAUUUCAGGGUGAAACUCGGGGAACUUCCCGGUUAUGGAAGUUCUGGCCAAGUCAUCUGGGAAAAUGUUAAUGCAUUACCUACUAUCGAAGAUGCGAAGAUGGAGGAAAUCAUGAGGAACAACAUUGAGGGAGAGAGAGCUGAGACCGCAAGAAAGUCUUUGGAAAGCAAUGGCCCAGAUACUUCGGGCGGUAGCAAGCAGCCUGCAACUUUACCCGAUGACGAAAAGAAAGCUGAAAUUGAAAAAGCCAAAGAAGAGCAGGAGCCUGUGAAGGAAUCAGCGAACGUAUCUAAUGAACCCGAGGAGCAGAGUGAGAUCAUUGUGGAUGAAAAUCUAGCGAGCGGGUCAUUAGAUGAGCCAACUCUGCCUGUUGAGGAAGCUAAGGAAGAAGCUAAGGAAGAAGCUAAGGAAGAAGCUAAGGAAGAAGCUAAGGAAGAAGCUAAGGAAGAAGCUAAGGAAGAAGCUAAGGAAGAAGCUAAGGAAGAAGCUAAGGAAGAAGCUAAGGAGGAAGCUAAGGAAGAAGCUAAGGAAGAUGCUAAAGAAGAAGCUAAGGAUGAAACGAAGGAGGAAGCAAAGGAGGAACCUAAGGAAGAGUCUAAGGAAGAACCCAAGGAAAAAUCUAUAGAGGAACAUAAGGAGGAGCCUAAAGAGGAGCCUAAAGAGGAACCUAAAGAGGAACCUAAAGAGGAACCUAAAGAGGAACCUAAAGAGGAACCUAAAGAGGAACCUAAAGAGGAACCUAAAGAGGAACCUAAAGAGGAACCUAAAGAGGAACUCAAGGAGGAAUCUAAAGAUGAACCCAAUGAAGCAGCCGAGACUCUGACCAAGACAGAAACCGAAGAAGAAGUCGAGACGAAGCCUAAAGACGAGGCUGCAAACCAAACCAAGGAACUCAAUGACGAGACAUCGAAGAAAGACAGCCUCGAGGUACCUGAGGAAGGUUUAACCAUCGACGAAAACCCUGAUGCUAAAGAUGAUGGUGACGAGAAAGCUACCGAAGUGAAGGAUGAUAACGGCCCGGAGCCUACUGAUGAAUCGAAGGAAUAA